CCGGGCCGUUGAGGGUGGAAAUCCGCCUGCGUCACGUGCUGGGCGAGUGGGCGGGGCAGGGGGUUUGCCCCUCGCCCGUCCGGAAGCUUUUCGCGAGCCUUUUAUCCGUUGUGUUUCUUCGUCCUUCUCCGGCGGGUUUCUUCUUCUGUUGGUGUCAGAGCGGGCUGGAGCUGCCGUUUCCACCCCUUGCUAUGGCCGCCGCGGCGAUGAGCAUGAACUCAGACCUGCGCAAGGAGCGGGAGAAUGCUUCUUUCAUCACGGAAUUUCUCACCAACGUCUUGGACGGCGGGGCUGAGCGGACCCGGCGCCGCAAAGAAAUCGAAGCACUUGUUACAAAUGACCCAGAAUUCAAGCAUGAGGAUGUAAAUUUCCUUUCCCGUAGCCAGCGCUAUGAAGUUGCUAUCAGGAAGAGCGCGCUUAUGGUGAUGAAGCUAAGAGAAUAUGGGAUUGCAGAUCCUGAUGAGAUCUACUGGUUUAAAAGUGUAUGCAUGGGUGAAUCUGUUCUGCCUCUUGGUCUGCACUACAGCAUGUUUACACCCACCUUAGAGAACCAGUGCACUGAUACCCAGCGAGAGAAAUGGCUGCCUCUGGCCUCUCGGUUCCAGAUAAUUGGCACCUACGCUCAGACGGAAAUGGGGCACGGAACUCAUCUCCGAGGACUGGAAACUACAGCUACCUAUGAUCCUGCUACCCAGGAAUUUAUCCUAAACAGUCCGACUGUGACUUCUAUUAAAUGGUGGCCAGGUGGAUUGGGUAAGACAUCAAACCAUGCCAUCGUUUUGGCUCAGCUUUACACUCAGGGCAAAUGCCAUGGCUUACAUGCUUUCAUUGUGCCUAUACGCCAGUUGGGAACUCAUGAGCCAUUGCCAGGUAUUACUGUUGGUGACAUUGGACCAAAAUUUGGUUAUGAUGAAAUGGAUAAUGGUUACUUAAAAAUGGACAACUUCCGCAUUCCUCGGGAAAACAUGCUAAUGAAACAUGCCAAGGUUGAACCCGACGGCACGUAUGUGAAACCUCUCAAUGCCAAGCUGACAUAUGGGACCAUGGUAUUCAUCCGAUCAAUUAUUGUUGGGGAUGCUGCGCGUUCUUUAGCCAGAGCUUGUACAAUUGCCAUCCGCUAUAGCGCAGUGAGACACCAGUCGGAACUGAAGCCAGGGGAGCCAGAGCCUCAGGUCUUGGAUUAUCAGACUCAGCAGUACAAACUCUUUCCUCUUCUGGCAACAGCAUAUGCCUUCCACUUUGUGGGCGCCUACAUGAAAGAUACCUAUCGUCGCAUCACUGGGAACAUCAAUCAGGGAGACCUGAGUGAGCUGCCAGAGCUGCAUGCAUUAUCUGCAGGGCUAAAGGCUUUCACUUCCUGGAUUGCCAAUGCUGGCAUUGAGGAAUGUCGAAUGGCAUGUGGUGGGCAUGGCUAUGCCCGGUGUAGUGGCCUCCCGGAUAUUUAUGUCAAUUUCACCCCCUCCUGCACGUAUGAAGGAGAGAACACAGUAAUGAUGCUGCAGACAGCACGGUUCCUUGUCAAAAGCUAUACCCAAGUUAGUUCUGGACAAUUAGUUAGUGGCAUGAUGUCCUAUCUGAAUGACCUACCGGGGCAACGUAUUCAACCCCAGCAGGUGGCUGGUAGACCUGCAACAGUGCAUAUCAACAAUCCAUCUAGCUUGGUUGAAGCAUAUAAACUGAGAGCUUCUAGGCUGGUUGAAUUUGCAGCAAAGAAUUUGCAAGCUGAACUGAACCGCAGGAAGAGCAAGGAGGAUGCUUGGAACCGGACUUCUGUUGAUCUAGUGCGAGCAUCUGAGGCACAUUGUCACUAUGUGGUGGUCAAGCUGUUUACAGCAAAGCUUUCAGAAGUUGGUGACCCAGCUGUCCGUGCUGUCCUCAACAACUUGUGUCUAUUGUAUGCACUCUGUGGGAUCUGUAAGAACAGUGGAGACUUUUCGCAGGGAGGCAUUUUGACAGAUGCACAGAUAAUUCAGGUGAACCAGCACGUUAAGGAGCUCUUGGCAUUAAUCCGUCUCAAUGCAGUAGCUCUAGUGGAUUCCUUUGACUUCCACGAUAAUGUUCUUGGAUCUGUCCUUGGCCGAUAUGAUGGCAAUGUCUAUGAAAACAUGUUUGAGUGGUCGAAGAAAUCCCCACUAAAUAAAACACAGGUCCAUGAAUCUUUUCAUAAGCACCUGAAGCCAAUGCAAGCCAAACUGUGAUGACAUUUGCUGCUGUUAAUGCACUAUUUCCCAGUUCCCUGGAAUUGAUGUCAUCUGCCCUAUGAGCACCUGAAUCACUUGGUAAAUCCAAAUAGGGUAGUCAAUAAUUGUAGCCUUUCUUCCCAACUUUUAAUAAAUUUUGAAAGGAUUAGAUCAGAGGAACACAAGAUUAUAAAAGAGCAAUUGUAAUUAUGUUCAGAAACUAACCUUUUUUAAUAAUUCAGAAAAGCUUUACAGAUUGGUGUGAAGUGUCAAUUUGUGAAGCAGUUUAAACUGCUGAAAGAACCUGUAUCAUCUAUAGCAGAAUUUUCACUACUAAGUAGUCAUGGAGGUAGUUGGUAGGGAGCAACAGCUUCUCAUCUGGGAACUCUUUUAAAGCUCAAGAUAGUCUUGCACAUCUUGUCAGUGUUUUUACGCAAUAGAGUUGAGUUGUUGGAAUCCUCCACAUUUACUCUACUUUAGUGAGGUCUUGGCACCCUUGUCAGGACUGGGCGUUGAGGACCUCAGCAGGAAUAUUUUGUGUAUGUCAUUCUUUCCAUACUUUUGUGUCACAAGAACAAACUCCUGGCAUCAUGGGUAAAAGCUGUCCUCUCAGCAGGAGUAAUCCUCACUUUUGUGUGUAUGUGACAGUGCUUUCCUAGAUGGCAGCUAGGAGUUCAUCUUCCUCUUUCUCUAGAGCUCUAACUCAUUUCACAUCACCUCUAACAUUAUGUCUGUAGCACAAAAGUAUAUUCUGUUUCUAGCAGCUACUAUGUAUUUAUCGGGCUGCCUUUCCCCUAGGACUCCCAGUAACAUAGAAUGAGAAAAUGUGUCAAGGUUCCCUUCUCUUGAGUCUAGAGAAUAAUAAAAGGAAUACUUUCACUUUUGCAGUUAUCAUUUACACAGUUUCUGAUCUGUAAAGCUUUUAAUGUGCAACUACAGUGAAGAGGGGAAACCCUCCUUCAUUCCCCAUUUGACCUGAAAGGUGGACAGUAUUUGAGAUCACUGUCUCUAAAACACUUCAGAAGCAGAAUGAUUUGUGCCCUGCAUUUUAUCGAAUCAUAGACUUGAUAGGAAUAUGGUCCAAACUUUAGUAAUGGAGAGAAGUACCAUUGACCUACCUACACAAUCUGGAUCUCGGUACCUCAGAGAACAAGUGUACCACAGUAAGGUGCCUUUAGACUAAGUAGCUCUGGAUUCCUCUAUCAUUAGCAGGCUAACCUUUUAGCAUUGUACAGAACUUCAUUCUGUGAAAUCAGCAUGACUAAAAAUUGUGGCAAAAUUGUUGGAUUCUGCGUUGAUAACUUUCCCCAGCAAAUCAGGAUUUAAAGAUAAUCAACAAGAACUUUUGAGUGGCCUUCAAUUAUGUGAAAUUGUGUAAGUGAAGAGGCUAAACGGAAAUCUCAUGAUGCUUGGACCAAUUUGAUGUCUCCAUUCAAGAGCUGAACAAACUGCAAGGAUAUCCUCACACUACCUCCUUCAAGCAGGAGGAAAAGCACUGUAUUUAAAUAGAAGCAAAAACAGAUUAUAAAAGUUUUAACUUCCUAGCUGCUGAAGCAGUUUAUCUAACAUACCUGAUUACUGUGCUGUUAACAUAAUGUGCAUACUGUGUACUUUAAUACUAUGCUGAUUGAAAAAUGGUGUAAUAGAAGACUGUUGGAGAACACCUUACAUACUCUUAAUAAAAAAAUCAUUUUCAAACAGUAAAAAAUAUUUCUGUAUGUAUGUCUUGAUUCCUAUAAAGCAUCAAAAACAAACAAUGCAUGUGUUGAAUAAAAACCCUGUACUAUUUUA